GAGGUAUAAAAGUAUAUAAGCCUUGCUAUACAGAAUAAAGAAAUAUCAACCAGAGAGAAAGACAGAGAGAGAGAUUGUGAAAGAAACUUUACCAACAGAGUUGACACCAUAACUACCUUCUUAGGCAGACCAAGAGACCGACAGACCGCCAGAGUGAGGAUGAGGACUCUCCUCCAGUGUGUGGCCCUGUGUGUCACCAUCUCUCUCUGUGUCUGCUACGAUUCUCAAGAAAGCACGGAAUCUUUUGAAGAUGUGUUUGUCAGUCCAUACCGAGCCAACUCAUUCAUCAACCCACAGAGUCCACAGAGGGGAAGUGCCUACAACACUCCAUCAAGAGGCAGCACUUACAGGAGAACAAUGAAGUCUCCAGCGGAGAGGCGCUCGGAGACAUGUGAGGACUACUCUCCCUGUCGCUUCUUGGCCCAUCGCUAUGGUUACCAGCUGGCCUAUCAGAGAUAUUUUAGAGCCAGGAAUCCAGGCACGACGGGGAGCCGUGGAUUCUGAGUCCCUGUCCAUCUUAUCAUAGCAAUUAUUCCUGCUAUUGAUUUGCUGUACGCUCAUUCAACACACUCUGACAUUACGUAACAGGAUAUUGGUUCGGUGAUGUAACAGUAAAAGAGAUGUGACAAAUAUAUGAAAACAUAUCAGUAAAUCAAUUACGAAUAUAGUGAGCAAUAUUUAUAUAAUUCAAGCUCCAUUUAUUGUAUAACUUUAUAGCCUACUCACAAUCACCACACCCUCAAAGAAGAACUGCUUUCAGAAAUCUGUGUUUGUGAAGAUUAGCUUCACACCCACCUCCAUUGUUCCCUUUUUCCAUCCACACUAAGACAACAGUCUCUGUCCAACCCAUAUGUAUUUAUAUGUAUUAAAAAGUGUUUUUGAAGAGUUUCUUACAUUCAUUGUCUAAAUCCUAUGGUGUCACGAUAUUCCUCAGAGGGGCUUAGUAACCUUACUUGUGGGCUAUAGAAUUCCACCUCAUUUGGUUCCACGUGUUACCAAAUUUCAGCUGAAUAGUAUUUUGAAUGGGGAGCAGAUGUGUGAACGCUAGUAGCUGUCCCAGUUUGACCAGUGUGGUAGCAACAAAUCAGAAAAAUGUAGUGUGGAAAAAAUAAAGGCUAAGGGAAGCUACAUUUUUGCACCAGCAUGACAAUGUUUGCACCUGUUUUUAAACUGUAAGUGUAAAUGAUGUUCAAAGUCAGUUACUAUCUGUUUAUCCAAUAGUUAUCCCAUAGUUUGUAUGGCCUCAUCUUCCACUUUUGGGAUGUAAAUGUAUAUAUUUUUGGUCGUUUUUUCCCUAACUUUUGUAAAUGGGAGCAUCAAUGGUAUCAAUAGAAAAUGUUAAUUUCCAGGUCACAUACAAAAAUAAGUAGUCAGCUGGUCACUGUUUUUGUAGACAAGACGCAGCUCCUUGCCCUACCAUAAAAACCAGAGGUCAUCUGAACACAGUGAAUGUCAGUCUCUAGAAGACGAGAGAGAAACAAGCAGGACACUGGAUCUGAUCAUGGCACACCCACGAACAGUGGUGUAAAGUACUUAAAUAAACAUAUUUUCAAGUACUA